CACACACACACACACACACACACACACACACACACACACACACACACACACACACACACAGCGCAAACUUUACAAGUGCAGUGCAUGCGUAUGAAUUUAAACACAGAAGGACAUUUUUGAGCGUAGAAGUGGGUUUAAAAUGGAGACGCGUCUCGACGAAGUAACAAGCGGAUCUCUCCCCCAUUCCGUGAAGCAGUGGCAGCUCGCCAGCACCGACUACGAAUUGAAGUCAGUCCGGACGCCUCCUCAGACUGGACGGACCCCCGGACCGGGUCGGGGCUCGUCCGGGACUCGCUUUAGCGCGUGGACUCCACUUGUCCACAAGCCAUCCAACCAGCAGUUGUUCCAGGAGCGCAGUGUUCUGCUCCUCCAUUGGUUCGAUCUCUGGAGCGACGCGCAACGGAAGCAGCUGCUGCACGCGCUGCUGACGAGGUGCAGCCAAUCACAGCUCAAGCUCUGCCGGGACUGGCUGAUGGCCUCCCUCCCGGUGGUCCGGGUGGACUUCACCGCCGUGCUGCCUCGGUUCCUGGGCCUCUACGUCCUGUCCUUCCUCUCCCCCCGCGACCUUGCCGCUGCCGCCCAGGUCAGCUGGCACUGGAGGAGCCUGGCCGAGCAGGACUGCCUAUGGUCCGGCCGGUGCCUCCGUCGGGGGUGGUUCCUCCCUUACUCCCCCGGGGUGAGGGAGGGAGGGGCCUGGAGGGACCACUAUGUCUCCUGCGUCUCCACCCUAGACUGGAGCCCCGCCCUGGGGUCCGGGGGCCCGGCCGACACCCCCCCUCUUGGGGUCUGGGAGGAGGUUGAGGAGGAGGAGGAGGAGAGGAGGAGAGAGUUCAUCAGAGAGAGACUGCACCAGCUCUUCUCUCCUACAGGCCUGCGUCUGAGGACCAGGCGGGCCUGGGGCAGUCGCCUGCCCUCCGCGGCCCACCCGCGGUGGCCCGUCCCUGAGGAGACGGUGAGCGGUGGCCCCUGGCCGUCCUGGAGCUCAGCGGGAGAGGGUUUGGUCCCCGGGGUGGGGCUGAGACACAGAGAGGGGAAGGGGACGGCUGGGUCAUCGCUGAGGGCUGGGAGAGCCGCCAUGAUGUCUGGAGGACUCGGACGGAGCAGAAGAGAGGGAGAGCUGACCUCCACCCUCUCUACACCCCCUCUUCCCCCUCUAAACCCCCCCGUCCCAGUGCUGCUGGUGUCCAACAGGAUCCCCGCCUACGAGCUGGUGAUGUGUGGUACCAGGUCAGAGGUUGUGCUGGUUCUCUACGACCAGAGGGGCACCCUUCCGGCUCUCCUAGCCCAGCUGCAGAGGGCCCUGGCUGGGCGCGCCGCCUGCCGGCUCGGCCUCCUCUGCCCCGGAGGCACGGAGGAACUGCAGGUGGUCCGCGGUGUCAGCCUGUCAGAGCGGAGUGUGCUGGUCCCCAGCACCAGGGACUUCUGGGAGAGAAUGUGUGGCUGGGUCAUACCAAGUGAAAAAGGAGGAGGGGUGGAUAUCUUUUCACCCCUCGCUGCCUCUGCCAGAGGGGUCGCUCUCAUGUUGACCCUGUCCACCAUCACCGGUCUGGAGGUCUGUGCUCCAGUGGGGCUGGCCACCGGAAGCUUCCAGAACAUCUUGAGUAGAUGGACGUCCAGCAGCAGCCGUCACCUCCGUGUGCGUGAGCAGGAGGAGGAGCUUGAGGAAGAGGAGGAGCUUGAGGAGGGGGGCGGGGCCCACGCGCUACGCUACGUCCAUGAGGCCGUGCUGAGGGGGUGGUGCCUCCAGGCCCAGUGGAUGGAGGAGGCCCUGGGGGAACUCAGGGGCCUCUUGGGGCCCCGGUUGCACGGGGUCAGCCUGGAGGCCCGGGGCCGUGCCCUGGGUCACUUCCUGUGGGACAGGGUGUCCCUGGAGGACGUGUGUGUCUCUGCCCCCCUGACCCGGGCUCUGAUCGAGGGGCUGUCCGUGCUGAAGGGGGGGGCGGAGACUCGGCCGCUGCGGUCGCUGGCGGCGUUCCUGUCCCGACGGAGUGAGGAGGAAGAGGAGGUGAAGGAGGACGGACAGCCCACAGACUCGGAGGACAGGGGGACAGAGGGGGGAGAAGACCUCCUAAUGGCUGGCCCCGCCCCUUUACCUGAGCUGGCUCAGAUGGCUCUAGACUGGAGGGGGGCGGUGGUGAAGGAGUUGUAUCACAGUGAGCAGCAAUACCAGUCCAGACUGGCCUCUGUCUUAAAGGUGUACCACGAGCCCCUCACUGCGGCGGUGGACUCUAAUCGACCAAUCAUCAGCCAGGCCAGUGUCCAUGUGAUCCUCAACCCUGUGGAGCAAAUCCUGCACCUCAACAGGGCAUUCCUGCGGGCCCUGGGGCCCCGGCUGGCCCUCUGGGGCCCCGGUCAGUGUGUGGGGGCAGUCCUCCUCCAGCUCUGCUCUAAGCUCCGCCUCUACCUCAACUACCUCCACCAGUACCCCGCCGCUCUGAGGGCCGUGGACGAGUGCAGGGAGAAGAUCCCGGCCUUCCGGGCAUUCCUGAAGAGGGCCGACAGAACGAUAGCGACGCACAUGCUGAGCCUCCCAGAGCUGCUGCUCUCCCCUCUCUGGCGGCUGGAGGAGUACAUCACUCUGCUCCAGGCUCUCUCUCUGACCACGCCCCCAGACCACCCUGACCACGCCCCCCUGGCCCACGCCCUCGUCGCCAUGACGCGCCUCCGCGAGUUCAUACGUAAGAUGAAGAGUAGCUCGGAGAGAGACCGACUGAUGGAGGAAACCCAGAGAGAGAUCAAGGGCUGUCCGGACCUCCGUGAGGGGGACAGGCAGCUCAUCCUGACCCAGGACGCUGCCUUGCUCCACAGCCCUGGGGAAGACCUCCCCCACUCCCUGAGGACCUACCAGCAGGUGUGUGACCUCGGCCUCUUCCUCUUCAACGACGCCCUCGUCCUGACGAAGAGGAGUGUGGACCACGCCCCCUUCUCGCUCGCCCAACGCACCACACACACCUUCCUGGCCUCGGUCGCCCUCGGCUGCCUGGACGCCCGCGAGAUCACACACUCCCGCUACGUCCACAAUGCCUUCAUCCUGGAAGGUCCGUCUCGUUCGUGGGCGUGCUCAACCGAGCGAGCCGAGGACUCGGAGUGCUUCCUGUCUGCGCUGCGAUCGGCCGCUCUCGCCGCCCUCACACCACAGGGGUGAUGCGUCCAAUCAGGUCGAUCUGGGGACACGCCCACUACAUGACACGCCACCUCAGUACCCUAACAGCUCCUGACGAGCUGGCUGUCGUGCUGCAUGGUUGACUCCGCCGUCGGUGUGUGAAUGUGUGGGUGAAUGUUAGGCAAUAUUGUGCAGCGCUUUGAGUGACCACUGGUUAGAACAGCGCUCUAUAAAUGCAGACCAUUUAGCAUUCAUCCGUUUAUGCUUGUAUAAAUACCUGAGUAACGGUGUUUGAAGAACUGAGCAAUCAAGUUUGCUUUGAGUAAGAAUUGCUUUUUACUAGUGCUGUCAGUUAAACGCGUUAUUAACGGCGUUAACGCAAACCAAUUUCUACGGCGUUAAUUAUUUUAUCGCGCGAUUAACGCAAUUUAUAUAUUGUUUUCUUUGGCUCAAAACAAAGAAGCAGUAGCCUGACUGCUAUGUUCAAGGCAGUAUGUUUGUAUGUUCAUCGUUUAAUUGCACUAUAGGCUUUUUUUUUGUAUCGUCCUGUUUUGAUCAGUAUAUGCCAAUGUUGUUAUCAAUAAAAAAACAUUUGCACAAGGCAAGCCGAUGCACUUCUCCAUGUUGAUACGAGCAUUUAUUCAUCUGAUUUAGAAAUACACUAUAAUAAUAACACAGUAUGUGUUUAAAUGCUCUUUUUCAAAGCUUAAAAGCAUUUCAGUGUGUAUUAGGGCUGUCAAAACGAACUUCGCUAUUCGAAUAUAAUUCGAAUUUUUAAAAAAGGAGAACAUUCGAGUGCGGCAACUAACGUUCGAACUUUUUUUUUUUUUUUUUUUAUAGCAAAUUUUAUUGACAAGUGCCGCAUAAUCAAGGACUGCCGCACAAGUCAAGAAUUACAUUUAACUUUUGCCUAGCAACGACGCAAAUCAAAGUCAACGUCGUGCGUCGUGACGUUCGGCAUUGUAUGCUUACAAGAUGGUGGGAAGCAGUGCGCGAGCAGACACAGAGAUGGAAAGCAUAACUUUCGGAUUUCCAUCGAGAAACGGGAAGAUUACAUCCAGAGAAACCGUCAUUUGCAAAUUAUGCUGCAAGUCGUUAAAGUACCACUCGACUACGAGCAACAUGAGCGCACACCUCCAUUCAGUGCAUUACUCGGAGUACGCAGAACAGUUAGCGGCUGAGGAAGAGCCACGGUCAAAACAGCCAAGAAUAACAUCGUAAAAUAGCAGUGUGUGUGUGUAUUUGAAUGAUUGAACAUCAGCUUCUUCAUUAAACAUCAUUGCUUGAA